AUCCUGGAGCAGCCUUCUGGGACCUGAGUGUCAAGAGAUGAGCUUCCUAGAGCAAGGAGAUGGCACUUCAUGGCCAUCACCCGCCAUGACCACCAGCUCAGAAAGAAGGCAUGGGAAACGGGGGGCCAAGGCCUCAAGAUGGACAAGGCAGGAGGCUGUGGAGGAAGAGGACCUGCCAGUUCUGGGGGAAGGUCCCCAGUCCAGGGCAGCUGCUGAGUCCAUUGGGCUGGAGGCCACAUUCCCCAAGGCCACACCCUUGGCCCAGGCUGCUCCCUCGGACAUCCUCCCCUCCGAGUGUGCAGCCUCGGCCACUGGCUCCAGUACAGGCGAUCUGGAGCUGGGCAAAGAGUUCCCAGCCGCAGCAGCCUGCAGGUCCGAGCUCAGCCUGGUGGAAGAGAGGCCUGCCCCGUGCCCAUCCCUCCAGGCCCCGUUACCCAAGCAGGGCUUGGAUGAUGAGCUGCAGAAGCCGGGGUCCCAGGUCUACAUGCACUUCAUGCAGAAACACACCUGCUACGAUGCCAUGGCAACCAGCUCCAAGCUGGUCAUCUUCGACACCACGCUGGAGAUCAAGAAGGCCUUCUUCGCCCUGGUGGCCAACGGUGUCCGGGCAGCACCUCUAUGGGACAGCAAGAAGCAGAGCUUUGUGGGGAUGCUGACCAUCACAGACUUCAUCUUGGUGCUGCAUCGCUAUUACAGGUCCCCCCUGGUCCAGAUCUAUGAGAUUGAAGAACAUAAGAUUGAGACCUGGAGGGAGAUCUACCUUCAAGGCUGCAUCAAGCCUCUGGUCUCCAUCUCUCCCAAUGACAGCCUGUUCGAAGCCGUCUAUACCCUCAUCAAGAACCGGAUCCACCGCCUGCCCGUCCUGGACCCGGUCUCAGGCGACGUGCUCCACAUCAUCACACACAAGCGGCUACUCAAGUUCCUGCACAUCUUUGGCACUCUGCUGCCCCGGCCCUCAUUCCUCUCCCGAACCAUCCAAGAUUUGGGCAUCGGCACAUUCCGAGACUUGGCCGUGGUGCUUGAAACGGCACCCAUCCUCACCGCCCUGGACAUCUUCGUGGACCGGCGCGUGUCUGCGCUUCCUGUGAUCAACGAAAAUGGUCAGGUCGUGGGCCUCUACUCCCGCUUUGACGUGAUUCACCUGGCUGCCCAGCAUACCUACAACCACCUAGACAUGAGUGUGGGAGAAGCACUGAGGCAGAGGACGCUGUGCCUGGAGGGAGUCCUUUCCUGCCAGCCCAAAGAGAACUUGGGGGAAGUCAUCGACCGGAUUGUCCGGGAGCAGGUACACCGGUUGGUGCUAGUGGAUGAGAGCCAGCAUCUCCUGGGCGUGGUGUCCCUCUCCGACAUCCUUCAGGCCCUGGUGCUCAGCCCUGCUGGCAUUGAGGCCCUCAGUGCCUGAGAAUUUCCGAGUCCUACUCCCAGGCCACCCUCCACACCCAAAGCCAAUGAAGGGAGCGGGCAUCGGCCUUCAUCUUCCCCCACCCCCAUUAGCUGGUUCGACUCUGGUUCAGGUAGGCUCUGCCCUGGGCCAUUGGCCUCAGCACCAGCCCUUCCAUCUUUCUGGGCUCCCAGAUCUCAGACUGGGGCACCCUGAGUAUGCGAGUGGCCCAGCUCAUAGCUGAGCAGCACCAUGAAAACUACAAGUGUCAGGACUCACCAUGGGGCCACCACCAUUCUCAGUUGAUGUCCUAGAGCCAUCAGAAGAAGGGUACAAGAGGCCAGGGGAAAGGCAAGGGAGGUGUGACAUGACUUCAGGUGCUCUGGGGAGAUUAACCUGCCCUCUCACAAUUCAGUUCCCACCUGCUCAGAAUUCCACUACUAGAAGGAAGCAAGUUAAU